AUGUCACCACAUCUCUCCCUCCACACCUCCUUCGACCACCCUCAUCCGCAACUAUCCCGCCGACAACCACCCCCGCAAGAUCGUCCCUACAACAACAACACCACCACCCCCUCAGCUCAACCACCACCUCCCCCACCUCCUCGCCCACCUCUCCAGCCUCACUCACGGCCACCACCAACAAGAACAACCCCCCAAGACGCUGCCUCUUCCACCCGCACCAGCGCCCCUUCUCCUCCAUCGAACCCACCACCCCGCCCCUAUCAUCCGGCUCAGGAUUCGGAUCCCCACCCAGAACCCCCGUCCUCCUCCGCCGCCGCCCCUCCAAAAUAG